AUGGACUUAAGUCAGAUCUGUAUUUUGCUACUUCAGCUUUUUGCAAAUGCACUGGGCUCCGUUUCAACCAAAGCCUAUGAGGGACACGAUGGGAUAUCAACACUGAAGGGAAAUCCUUUGGAGUUAAGCACUGCGCCUUCGGCUGUCCAGUGCCUGGCCUUGUGUGCUGAUUAUCAGCACACUUCCAGCGAAGUCUGUUACGCAGCGCGGUACAACAGCGGUAAAAGCGCGUGUGAACUGUUUUCACGCGAUACAAAUGGAACGGUUGAAUGGAUGUCAGAAAAGAGUUGGAAGGUCUAUGUUAACAAGGAUGCAGGGUGUGAGGAGGGUUGGCAUUCCUACAAAAAUUCCAGCUACUUUUAUUCGACUGAAGAUUUGACUUGGUACGAUGCCCGAGAUAGCUGUCUUGAAAUGGGAGCCACAUUAGCUGUUAUCACGGAUGAGGCAGAGGAUGAUUUUGUUGGGGACCUUAUUGGAGGAUCUUACUACACCUGGCUUGGAGCGACGGACGAAGACCUGGAAGGCUCGUGGCGUUGGGUUACUGGGGCUGAGUUGAAAUUUUCGCCCUGGUUUAAUUGUUUUGGAUGACAAUACAAGAAACUGUCUUAUCCGACGUAGCGUCUUCGGAUGGAUCCAUGCUGCUUGUGACUUUACAACUUCUUAUUUGUGUGAAGGGGUAAACAGUUGAGCAUAAAACGAAUUUAUAUAAAGGACCAAUUACACUGAACUGGUCCUACGAACAUAUACCAUAACAAUUGUGUGCAGAUAUCCCCAUUAAUAUACAAGGUCAAUGAUACUUAUUUAGACCUACGAACAUACUAUAUUACAAUUAUUAAAAACAAUAUCAAAUAGUAAUGCAAAGGACUGCUGGCUGAUUGUUCUGACCAUCUUUGCUGUCACAUAUGCAUUGCAUAAUUGAUUAAGUAUGUUUGAGUUAAAGAAUGGGUGAAAUAAACUUUCGGUUAAAGUUAUCUGCUGUAAAAAGGGGGAGCAAACUGUAACAGACAAAUACGAGAAUUUUAACUAAAACCCCAAAUGUUUAUUUCAGAAUUGAUUAUCAAUCAUUGAUUAUC